GCCGGCCGCUUGCUGAUUGCUUGCCGCUUGCUGAUUCGCCGCUUGCUGUCCGGGCCAGCCCCCACAAGCGCUGCUGUGGGUCCGGUCUUGUCAGCCCUGUCCUUGGGCGGCCGCGUGCUAAACCGCCUCUCUUUUUUUUCUGCGACAGGCCAGGGCUCGUCCAUGCCCGUGCUGGCAUCAUCGCGACAUAUAAAUACCAUCGGCCUCCCCGUCCAUCGGGAUCCAUCAUCAGUUCGAUCACGAGCAUCUCCUCCCUGCCUUCUCAGUCAAGUCAUCCAGGAGAAACCAUGAGCAAGGAAAGAGCUACCCAGGUCCGCGCCAAGGCCUUUGCCCAUCUCGACGAAGCCAAGCUCGGCUGGUUCCACUUGCGCGCUGUGCUCGUCUCCGGUGUCGGUUUCUACACCGACUCGUACGACAACUUUGUCAUCAACCUGGCCCUGCCCAUGCUCUACCAUGUGUACUUCCCCAAGUCGCCUGAUAUGCAGACUCCCUCCAACUUUGUGAAGGACUACCCUCACUACGACGCUUGGAUGAAGGCCUGCACCUCCUACGGUAACCUCAUCGGCCAGUUUGGCUUCGGUUACCUCGGCGACAAGCUCGGCCGCAAGAACAUGUACGGUGUCGAGCUCAUGAUCAUGAUUGUCUGCACCAUCGGCUCGGCCUUCUCGGCCAGCGCUAUCCGCGGCGCCAACAUCCUCCAGACCCUGGCCGUCUGGCGCUUCUUCCUCGGCAUCGGUAUUGGCGGUGACUAUCCUCUCUCGGCCAUCAUCACCUCCGAGUUUGCCAACGUCAAGUGGCGCGGCACCAUGAUCGCCGCCGUCUUUGCCAUGCAGGGAAUCGGAAUCCUCACCGGCGGCCUCGUCACCCUCGCCACCCUCGCCGCCCUCCAGAACAGCAUCCGCUCCGACCCGGCCUAUCUCGACCUCGUCUGGCGCAUCAUCCUGGCCUUUGGUGUGAUCCCUGCGAUGGGUGCCGUGUACUUCCGUCUGACCAUCCCCGAGACCCCCCGCUACACCGUCGAUGUCAUUGGCUCUGUCGACCAGGCCGAGCGCGAUGUCGAGAAGGUCAUGGCCCUCAACGCCACCCGCGAUGUGUCGUCCAACUGGGUCGGCGAGGAGGUCGCCAACGGCACCCGUGCCAACGUCAAGAAGGGAGGAUUCUGGGCGCACUUUGGCCAGUGGAAGAACGGCAAGAUCCUGUUUGGCUGUGCCUUCACCUGGUUUGCGCUCGAUGUCGCCUGGUAUGGUCUCUCGCUCAACGCCAGCACGAUCCUGACGCUGAUCAACUGGAACGGCUCCAACUCGCUCCCUCCGUACGACAACUACUGGCAAAAGACCGUCGGCCAGGUCAUCAUUGCAUGCAUGGGCACUGUUCCUGGAUACUGGGUCUGUGUCGCCCUGAUCGACCGCAUGGGCCGCAAGCCCAUCCAGUACCUCGGCUUUGCUGUCAUCACCGUCUGCCUCCUGAUCCUCGCCAUUGCCUGGGACACCAUCAAGAACAACACUGUCGCCUUCUGCGUUGUCUUCACGAUCGCCCAGUUCUUCUUCCAGUUCGGCCCCAACACCACCACCUUUGUUGUUCCUGGUGAGGUCUUCCCGACCCGCUUCCGCUCCACCGCCCACGGCAUGUCUGCUGGCUUUGGUAAGCUCGGUGCCAUCAUCGGUGUCGAGGCUGUCGGUCCCUUCUUCAGCCAGAACCCCAAGAUUGUCCUCUACGUCUUCACCGUUGUCAUGGCCCUCGGCGGUGUUGCCACCUACUUCAUCCCCGAGACCAUGGGCAAGACCCUCGAGGAGCUCUCUGGCGAAGACGAUGCCUUCGAGAGCGACGCCUAAACGUUUGGUCUUGUGUUGGUUGUCCAGUCUUGCCGAGCCCCCCUUUCUCCUUGCAGCUUGGACUGUCCCACAGCUGCCUGCCCCCUCUGUCUCAGCGCCUUCAUGGAUAACUCUCUCCUCCUGUACACCACCGUGCUCUUCCACCCACCCAUUCCUUUGUCAAUCUCCUUUUCCUCCACACUUGUCCCUAUAGACCUUGAGCCCCUGUCCAAUUCUUUUCCCUCAUCAACCGGCCAAAGAAAAAACUUCGCCUCUGGGGCCGGCCUGGCCAUCGCUCGUCGUCUGUCCUGGCUGAUCUCUUAGGUUGUUGUUUGCCGCUCAUUUGUUUUAAAAUUCAAUCCAAAUACAUCAUUUUUGAGUUGUA